UAGAUAAUCUGCUUCAAAGGAGAAGGUUCAUUUUAGAAGUCAAAAUACUCAAGCAUGGUUUUUGAAGAACAAUAAUUCCUGAGAGACCAUAAUUUUCAAAUCAAAAUUUCAAAGAAGAUUAAUCUCACUCAACAUGGUUGCCUUUGGUCUGGUCCCCAUCCUAACUUUGCUUCAUAUUGUUCUCCAAGUAUCCUCAUCUGCAGAUCCUCUAACUCAACCCACACUUUCUGUGCAGCCUGAGUACCAGGAAUAUUAUGAAGGAGAGAAAAUCAGGUUGAUCUGCUCAACUUUUCAUAACCUGACCAUGCUGCGAAACUUGAUGGUGGAAGGUUACCGAUUCUUCCAAGAAGAUGGGCAGAGGAUCCAUCAAGUGGCUGUUAACGCUUACAGAGAUGGCAUGAUGGAUUUUCAGGCACAAAGGAAUGACACCGGAAAUUACAGAUGUGCUUAUUGGCUGAAAAAAGCAGGCAGGGAAGUUCAGUCAGACCAAAGCCACCCCAUCAGCAUCCAAGUGAAUGCGGCCCCAUCAGCUCCAUCUCUGAAUUACAUUAUUUUUGACCGUGGAAACUCUGUCAGCCUAGAAUGCUUACCUCCACGAGAAGCUAAUAAAGUCGGGCAGUUUCGCUUUGUUACAGAUGAAAUGGUUGUCUCAAUCCUGGCUACCAUCAACAGCACCUACACAUACAAUCUAACUAAUGUGAAACACAAGAACGUAGGAAUUGUCAGAUGUGCUUAUGUUCAAUACCUCCAUGGAAGAAAGGUACUUUCCAGGAUCAGCGAUCCAAUUUUCGUCGACAUGCGAGGUGUCAGAUGGGUUCGAUUGUUGGUUGUCGGUGGGAGUUUCUUCACCAUCAAUGGUCUCAUCUUCUUAAUCUCCUAUUGUAUUUCUUUAAGAAGCAGAUCUCUUCUUCAGAAGACUGAAGGAACCAUCUGACCAUAAGCUUCAUAAGCUUCUCUUAUGCAGUUGAACUGAUGGUCUUCAUCAGGUGCUUCAGCCGAUAUAUUAGACGCACCCUUAAGCCACCUACAAAAUACAAUGCCUUUCUCCCUUUAAUGAAUCUCCCAAAUGUGCUAUUUCUGCAGCCAUGCCUUUUCAGCUGAGAUUUUUCUGCAGUUUGGCAUUCCUCAAAAACACAUGAAAAACCUCAGCAAGAAUUUUUGACUUUUGCAAAUUGCUGCCACGGUUGCUCUUGCUUCUUCUGCUGCUGUUUUAAAUAA